AUUGUAGGAGGGGCGGACUACCGGCAUUGUCUCAUAAAUAAAGCCUCCGCCGUUACUCCCACCCCCUGUCAACAAGCUUAGACGCCCCCAGCCCCUUGAUAAGCUUCUGAUGCCGAGCGUUCCUCCCGAGCUCCAUGGUAAGCCACCCGGUUGGGACCGACCCUUCAGGUCUCCCGGGCCCACGCCAGCCUGUAGACCCUCAGAGUGUUACUUCUGACCCCUGGCAUUUAUCUAGAGAGCAGCUACCAGUGCGGACUGAGGUGGAGGCCAUGGAGCUGGGCAGCUGCUUCAAGACCUACGAGGACUUCAACGAGUGCUUCAGCGCCUAUAAAAGGGAGAACAGAUGCUUCUUCAUUCUCAGAGAUUGCGUCUCGGUCCGCUUCCACAACCUCAGCCACGGCACUUCCAUCCGUGAGGACAUCCUAUAUGUGCAAGUGAAAUUUGUCUGUAUUCGGAGCCAGUCAAAUAGGAAGAAGACAUCAGAGGGUGACAUGUGCCCAGCAUACUUGCUCCUACAGUACAAUGAGAAACUGGAUAGGCUGUUCAUCAGUGAAUUAAACACCCAGCACAUACAUACUGACUCCAAAAUGAUAAGUUCUGGAGGAGACAUGGGUGACAAAUCUCAAAAGACAACGUGCCUGCAGAAACCCCAUCCCACAAUCAAGAAAGACUUUGACACAGCUGAGAAGGCCCCAGUUGAACCACCAUGUUGCUUAGGUAAAGUCCAGGCUCACUCAAAGCCAGAGCAGGAGGGUAUCACUACUUCUGACCUGGCCAAGAUAGCAAACGUAAUGAAGAACUUUCUUCAAGUAGAUGAGGGCUCCAUGGCUUCCCUCAGUGUUGGGAACAACCAAGACUUGGACCGGCUCAGCUUCCAGAGCAGCAAGAUGAGUGACCUUUUCAUCCGCUUCCCAGAGAACCUACUGUUGCACCGGGUGGAGAAUACCCAGAGCCACAUCCUUUAUGCUUUUUUGGUGGAGACCAAGGAACGGGAGAGUCGAAUCGUACACUUUGCUGUGCUCAAAGCUGAAACUGCUACCUCCAUAGCCAAGAUGCUGAGUAUCUUCACAGAGUUCAACUCAGAUUGGCCCAAGGUCAAGGUGGUCUUCGUGGAUCCAUCUUUCCCUUAUCAAGCCAUCCUACAGGAAAUCUUCCCUGCUGCCCGCAUCCUCCUUUCCAUCUACCAUACAACCCGACUCUUAGAAAAGAAAUUGCACCGUAGUUCAGCAAACCCAUCCUUUAAAAGACUCAUGAAGGAGGCUCUUCGAGAGGCAGUGUUUGUCACUUCAGAUGUCAGUCUGCAAAAUCUCUGUCAAAUGUCCCAAGCUCUACUCGAUGAAGAGCUCUUCAACUUCCUGCAGGCCCACUGGUUUUCCUGUGAACUUCUCUGGUACAUGCAUGUCAGGAAGGGCUUGCACGCAUGCAACACUUAUAUGGACAGCCUGGAUGAAGUCACCAGCAAGGUGUCAAGUCUCUUUCGGGAACAGCAGACCCUGAUGGACUGUAUCCUUCGCUUUGUCGACUACAUAGACUUCUUUAACACCAAACGCUUGAAGAACUUUCCCACAGCCCCUCCCAAGUUAAAGAGACCCCGGCCAGCAAGCAUGCCACCAAAGGCCAAGAAAACUUUCAGCAUCUAUGGAGGGAGCCUCACCAGGUACUCUGUUGAAGAAGCAAAGCCAACCCUGCAGCAGCAGCCACAAGUACAGCCCUCCCAGAAUGACAUGCUAGACACCUUGCACAAGAAUGGCUCCAAACUGGCCUACAAGCUGUGCCAUAGCCAGUGGGAGGUGGUACAGAACUCCACUCAGCUGGUCAACGUGAGUGGCCCCUCAGUGAAUGUGCAGCUGCUAGAGAACUCUCACCAAGUUAGUAAAGAUGGUUGUAGUUGUAGCUGCUCCUUUCAACAGUGUUAUCACCUGCCAUGCCGGCACAUCUUGGCCCUGCUGUAUGCCAGCCAGAAGCCUGUGAGUGAAUCUAUGGUGUGUCGUCGGUGGCAGAAGAGGUACCAGCACCUUCUCGGACCCGGUGGGGAACUCCGGGACCCUGUUAGGUUCCCAAACAUGGGCCAGCCUGGGAAGCAAGGACGGAAUGGCACAGUUUGGGACCUAAGCAGGGAGCUAGCAAACCUACUAAUGCAGAGUGAAGGGCCAGAGCUAGAGGAGCGUUGUUCUACCCUGCGCAAGAUUGUAGACAUCUGGGCUGGCCCCUGCCAGCCACCUGAGCCUAUUCAACAGCCAGGAGACUUCAAGGAUGUGGGUCACCUUCCUUUCCUCUGGGGAAAGCAAGAGGAAGGGGAGGGACUCCUCCCUGGAGGAGCCACAAUUCAUGAUUGAAACACACUGACUCACUGGACCACAAAUCCCUUUCCUUGGAAGUGUGAGAGCCCAGAGUGAGCAGGACAUGCUAGGGUCAGCAUUUCAGCCAAUUCCUGGGCCUAGUUAAGAAUACUUAGUCCCAUCAUGCGAGUCCUUUGGAUUCUCCACCCUUUGUUUCCCUACCUUUGGCAUUCCUUUGGAGCCUCAUUCCUUGCUCAAGGCCAAAGUUAUUUACAUGCUGAAAGGUCAUCUCUCUCUCUCUCUCUCUCUCUCUCUCUCUCUCUCUCUCUCCCCCAAGACUCCUGAGGUCAGAUCUUACUUCACAGAGAUGAAUCCCUUUACUAGGAUAGAGUAAGACAUUAUCAACCUGGUAAAAGGGCCUGUUUUACAGAGACAAAGGGAAAGAGGGUGAUCUGUGGUUGUUGCUGCUCUUUACAAAGAACCUGUUAUUUGUACCUAUUUUUAUUCAUGUCAAAUAAAAGAUUUUAAA